AUGAAAGUUCUAAAACUGGAUAAUGAUGAAAAGUUGAGAAAUUCUUAUAAGAAUAUCGUUUUUAAUUAUAAUCAAAAUGGACCACCUUAUAAAUGUGAUAUCCAUCAAGAUAUCACACCAACAGUGUCAUUUAAUACAGUCCCUUUAAUCCUUGGUACGUCUUCAUACGAAGCUGAUUUUGAUGGUGUACAAAUAAAUCCUCUAUCCAUACCCACACCAGUAUCUGCACCUUUGCUAUCCCUAAAAAAAGAUUUUAAACCGUUAAAGAAAACGUUCGGUAAUUUGAAUCCACUCAUUUUCCAAAGUUACAACAACAUAGAUAAAUUAUUCUACUUGACCCCAGAUGGGAAACUGGUCAGAAAGGAUUAUCCAAGUAGGCCAACUAUAACAAACGAUUCAAUGGUAAUCAACCAAUAUUAUUUGGACUGGCUACAGUCUUGGAGGUCACGUAGGUUGCGGAUCGAGGAUAGGUUAUCGUACAAGAAAUCGUGCAUCUUCAAAUAUCCAGAUAUCGUCAUACCCUCCUUCACUCCCAAGCCCAUUAUCAUGAAGGAUGACUAUAUCCCUUUAACUAAAAGUCAAAGGAAAAAAAUGACAAUACUUAACUCCAGGAUUCCUUCUAUUAAUUCGCCAAGAACUAUUAUCUGCCAUCUAAAUGGUAGGAAACAUACUUGGGUCCCAUUGGAUUGGUUAUUGGAUUCCGGGCUACAUGAAUUGGAUCAUCUAGUAGUUUUGACUAAUAUUCCAAGGAUGCUACACAAAAUUGACUCAUCUAUCAAAAAUUUUAAAACAUUCUAUACAACUAAUUAUAAUAAUAAUAGUAAUAGCCGUAAUAUUAAUAGUAUUAAUGAUAAUAAUAAUAAUAAUAAUAAUGCCAGCAGAAACUUUUGGGGUGAUUCAUUAGUUUAUGAGAAAACCCGUAUCCUUGAAACUUGUUACAAUAUUUUAACUUAUAUCUAUUUUCUAUUAUCUAAUCGUAAAGAUACUAUUAGGAUAAAAAUCACUAUCGAUAUAGUCUUAGGUAAGACUAAAAAAAUUCUUAUUGAUUCAAUCAACCUCUAUACACCAGACAUCAUAAUUGUACCGACUUUGAAAUGGGAAAGAAACUCAAAAUUGAUUGACAUUAAGUCUAACUAUUUGAAAGACAACUUAUGUGUAAAUUUCCCUAUUCCAACCAUUAUUGUCCCUGUCAAAAGACUGUUUCAAUUUGAAUUGAAUUUACAACAAAGAUUAAAUAUAAAUAAUUUACCGUUUCAAACAAUCAAGGAAGAAUCAAGUAUGCAUACCACUGAUCUGUCUUUAUCUCCGCAAUCCUCCAUUGUUACUAGCAAUGAGAGUAUGAGCUCUGUUGAUUCUUUUGCAGCUAAUCAUUGUUAUAGUGAAGUGACUAACCUAUCAAAUAGUAUCUCUCCAUUGUUUGAUAAAAAUGAUGCCAAUAAUAAUAAUAAUAACUAUGAUUAUGAAUGUGAUAAUAACGAUUGGAAAAAAGCAGAUCAAAAACAAUUCUUGUCAAAUAUUCAAGAACUACCCAUAACAUCACAGUUGUAUUUAGUAGCUAAAAGAUAUAGAAAAAAUAUGCAUAAAGAAAUUGCAAAGUUGGAUACCAAUAAAAAUUGUUUAACUCGGUCUGACUAUCUUAUUCGAAAAUUGGACUCUGUAGUAAAUAAUUCAAUUGGAGGAUCCCUAAUGAUUAAUAAUCUCAAAGACUACGAAAUUUCAGAUGAUGUAGAUUUGAAAGGUUUUGCAAGAUUGAAAAGAGUUAUAACUGGCGGUGAACCUAUUUGUUAUCUGUCUCCAAGACCAAUGACUGAUGUGUCAGCAUACAAAUCAAAUAAAUUAAAUAAUAGAAAGAAAGUUUCUAAUAAUAACGAGUCAUGUGUAAAUAAAAGAGGUGCAUCACAAAUUAUAUUUGCAUCAGAUGUCAAAGUUCGAGAUGGGAAGAAAGCAUUGGGUAAUUUAAAGACAGAGGGAUCUUCUUCAAUUAGUGGCAAACCAAUAAUAAGUGUGACACCCCCAGAAAGAGUCUUUAUAAAUGAAAAUAAUAAUACACUUAGAAAAGUUUAUAGUAAUGAUUCAGGUAAAAGUUCCCGAUCGAUUAAAUCAGAUAAUGGUUUAUAUAUGAAGAAAACUUCUCUUUUUAAUUCAAAGAAGAAGAGUAUUAGCACACCAUCUAGUAGAAGAAAUAGUGACUCGAGCGGAAAAUCACAAAGUACAUUGACAUCUUUAUCUUCUUCAUCCUAUCCAUCGUCUAGUUGGAAGAGAAAUUUGAUAUCAAAAAUUUUUGGAUUUAAAUAG